GUUUCAUAAAGCUACAAAAAAAUGAGUAGCGUUAAACUUGAUGUACAGUGGUCUCCAGUUCAUGCUAAUAAAUUUAUCACAUGGGGUACAGAAAUUUGCUUAUAUGAAGUAAUACAAGUAAAAGACAAUAAUAGACAAUUGUAUACAAAGAUUUCUGACUCUACUGUUGCUCAUUUACUUGCUACAAAUACAAAUCAUCAUUAUGUUAAAUGUAUUGAUAUAUAUCCACAGCUAGAACCAGACAUUCUAUUAGCUGUUGGACAAGCAAAUGGAAAACUUGUUCUAACAACUUUUGGUCCAACAAUUUUUGAUUCUCAAGGCCUUAGUGGAAAAGAAUUAGUUCCCAAACAUGCAAGACAAUGUAACACAGUAGCUUGGAAUCCAAUAGAUACAAAUUUAAUUGUAUCUGGCUUGGAUAAGCAUAGUAAAGAUCAUUCCAUUUUAUUAUGGGAUAUAAAUAAGGCAUUGCAAGGUUCUGAAAGAGUACAUCAUCAUAAUACAGUGCAAACAGAUUCUAUUAGACCUAUUGCAGAAGUUGGUGUCUCUGAAACCGUUCAUUCCAUUGCUUGGUUUAAACAUGAACAGAAAUGUAUGGUGGCUGGCACCAACAAUAAGCAAUUGAAAAUUAUUGAUUUUAGAGAUUCUGCAAAGGUAAUUAACACAGCAGCAACCAAAGCAGUUUAUAACGUGUCAGUUAAUCCACACAAUAACUAUCAUCUAGUUUCAAGUAUUGAUAAUCAGAUAACAAUUUGGGAUACAAGGUGCUUUGAAAAACCUGUUUUAACAUUAUCUCAAAGUAGACAAAUUACAAAAGUUUUAUGGUGUCCAACUAGACACAAUCUUCUGGGAGCUUUACAAAAAGACUCAGUGACACUGCACUUAUAUGACAUUCAACACUGUGGAAUUGGGGGUGGAGAAGAUACAGAACCUGGAGCAUUAGAAAGAACAGUUGCACCACCUUGGCAUAGCCCUGUAAGUUUCUCAUGGCAUCCAACACAUGUGAACAGAUUGUUGGCAAUAUCUCAACAAGGCCUCACAGACUAUACAGUUUGUGAAAGGAUAACAGUAAACUGGUCAACAAGAUCUCAUCUUGCCUGGAAUCAUGCUUCCAAAUCGUUUAAAUAUAUAUGCAGUAAUGAUAACAUUUACAAAGCUCUGGAUGAUAUUUCUAUUUUAACUAAAACACGCGCGGCUUCAGAAUAUGGAUUACUUCCAGAGCUGGCUCAGAAUGGUGAAUUGGCCGAGAAUGACACCCUUAAGAACCUAUGGCAGUGGUUAUAUUUAAGUCGGUACUUAGUAGAAGAGGGUACUAUACCAUGCCAGGAUAACAAGCAUCCAGGUGUCAGAACAGUUUUGAAACUAGAUGGCCAGCAAGGAUCUAAUAAUGGUUUCUUAAAAUCGGAACUAAUUCAUCGUCCCUGGUCAGAUAUAGGAUCUAAUCACACUGCAAAAAUUUACAGAUCUGCGGAUAGAGACAAAGGACUACUUCUAUGUGGUUGGAGAUUCGACAAAGAUACCAAUAGCUCUUACGAUAACUUAUUUUUAGAAAGAUUAGAAAGAGAAGGGGCAUAUCCAAGAGCAGCAGCAAUAGCAGUAUUUAAUUUAUGCUUAAGACAGGCCAUAGAAAUUUUAAAUCGAGGUGCUAGUAAAAUGGUAAUGUCCACAAAUUUAAACAUCGUUGCUAUGGCUUUAUCAGGAUUCUCUGAAGACAGAAAUAGCAUGUGGAGAGACUCAUGUUUAAAAUGUAGAUCACAACUUUCGGAUCCUUAUUUGAGAGCAACUUUUGCUUUUUUAACGGCGGACGAUUCUUAUGAAAAUGUUUUAAAUGAAAAUGGUAUGGCAGUCGAAGACAGAGUAGCGUUUGCACUUAUGUUUCUAUCAGACAAUAAAUUAAGUGAAUAUUUAAAAAAAUUGACACAAAAGUUAACAGACGAGGGAAAUUUGGCUGGUUUCCUUUUAACAGGUGCCAGUUUAGAAGGUAUACUAUUAUUAAAUCGAUACUUAGAAAUUACUGGUGAUGUUCAAAGUUGUAGCUUGAUAGCUAUCAGGGCAUUCACACCAAAAUUACUUAAAAGCAACCAAGUUCAAGUUUGGAUUACUAGUUAUAGAAACCUUUUAAACGCGUGGAAAAUGUGGACUCAGAGAGCUCAUUUUGAUAUUGCUAUGCGAUCUUCGACAAACGAGAAGCCUCCGCAACAAAUAUAUGUCUCUUGUAAUUUUUGUGGUAAAAGUAUAUCUGUAUUUAUGCAGGGUUUAAGUAGAGCAAGGGGACCUUUUGGUAGAUUAGGAAGUACACCCAAUAAAUUAAAGAUGUCUUCAUGCCCAAAUUGUAGAAAACCAUUACCGCGAUGUGCAAUUUGUUUAAUGCAUAUGGGUACUGUAAGUGGAUUGCAGAUGACAACAUCUGGAGUCAGUAGAAACGAAGAAUGCGAUAAUAAACUAACCGAAUUCAGUAAUUGGUUCACAUGGUGUCAAACGUGUAGACAUGGUGGACAUGCUGAUCACAUUACGCAUUGGUUUCGACAACACUCAGAAUGUCCAGUAACUUCGUGUACAUGCAGAUGUUUUUCUUUAGAUGCAUCGUGUAAAAUAGGAUUUUAGGAUAUCAUUUUGUAUAUUUCUUGGAACAGCAUGAAUGUUAGGAGCAAAGG